UCACACGAAGAAGCGAGGCCGAUCUCCCCCCACGUGUGGAAGGAAGUCCCCACGAUUCGGCGCCGCCUCGGGCCGGUCUCUAGGGGGCGCUGUCUCAAGACCCGGCGGCACAAAAACGCGUUUGAACUUGGCCCUCGCCGCUGCCCGUAGCCGGCGUCUCCAACAUGGCGGCUGCCCAAGAUGUCCACGUCCGGAUUUGCAACCAAGAGAUUGUCAAAUUCGACCUGGAGGUGAAGGCGCUGAUCCAGGAUAUUCGAGAUUGUUCAGGACCACUGAGCGCACUUACUGAACUGAAUACUAAAGUAAAAGAGAAGUUUCAAGAGUUGCGGCACAGAAUCCAGGAUCUUGAGCAGUCGGCUAAAGAGCAAGACAAAGAGUCGGACAAGCAGCGUCUGCUCCAGGAGGUGGAGAACCAUAGGAAACAGAUGCUCAGCAAUCAGACGUCGUGGAGGAAAGCGAAUCUCACUUGCAAAAUCGCAAUCGACAAUCUAGAGAAAGCAGAGCUGCUCAAGGGAGGAGACCUCUUGAGGCAAAGGAAAACCACCAAGGAGAGUCUGGCGCAGACGUCCAGCAGCAUCACGGAGAACCUCAUGGGGAUCAGCAGGAUGAUGUCCCAGCAGGUGCAGCAGAGCGAGGAAGCCAUGCAGACGCUAGUCAACUCUUCCCGGACUAUCCUGGAUGCCAACGAAGAGUUUAAGUCCAUGUCGGGGACCAUCCAGCUGGGGCGGAAGCUCAUCACAAAAUACAAUCGCCGCGAGCUGACGGACAAGCUUCUCAUUUUCCUCGCCCUGGCCCUUUUUCUUGCCACGGUUCUCUACAUUGUAAAAAAGCGGCUCUUUCCAUUCUUAUGAGACCCGAGAGCCGCCAGCGGAUGCCCUUGAGCUCUGGUGUCAGGAUCCAGCCAGGCUUCUGCGCUCCGGCCCAGGCUGCCCACGGCUCCACCUCCCCCGUCCGCUUCAGUUGCUGAGCAGGUCGGAUGGAGGCAGCUGCCCAGGUUUUGCAGGUGGCUGCCGUGUAAAGGGCGAGCAGAGCAAGGGAGGCCUGUCAUCAGGACGCAAGGACUGCGAGAGCCGUCGCACACUGGGUGGCUGCUGCGUGGCGCACAGAGCCGCCCUCUGGGACUUGAUGUUCCUCCUCUCUGUCCCUCUCCCCCACAGCCUGCGUGCCACAUCUCCUGGAGGGAAGAGAAGGGGCAGGGUGAUGGAAACUCGUGUCCAUUCCUUGAAUAAA